GUUAGAGGGUGGGGGGGGGAUUGGUGUUGCUCGUGUAGAAUAAGGAGCGGCAGAGAAACCCAUUUCUCAUUUGUCUCGUCUUUCUCGUUUUUCAUUUUCCGUUUUCAUAUAUAAUUUUAUUUUUUUGGUUUCACUUCACCGUUCUGGAAAACAGAGAAAGAAAAGAGGCCAUUGCUUUUUUUCUCUCUUUCUCUCUUUCGUUUAUUUUGUCGCGUGAAAUAACUGCUUCUUUGGUUUCCAAGAAAAAAAAUCUUUUUUCUCCUCGAUUCACCCUGUCGCUUUCCUGGGAAUGUUUAUAGCCUUCCAACUUUCUUUCCCUCUUCCCUUAUCUCACCAUCUUCUUUUCAGCACAUUUCGCAUGCCAAGUACCGGUCGGUUCUCUAUCUUUAUCUCUAUAUUUCCUCUUUCCUCGGUCUUUGGGUGAUUCUUUUCUUUCUUUGUAUUGGGUUUUGUUUUUUUCUUAUCUGGGUUUUUGUUAAUUUUUAAGCUAAUUUUUGAGAUCUAGAUAAUGUUUUGGAGAUAGUUUUGUUGGUAGAGUAUUGAUUCUGUUGGGGGUAUUUGAUAAUGGUUUGAGGAAUUCUUGAGUUUUUGGACUUAGAUUUGAUCUGGGGUCUUGUAAUUUUGAAGGCUGUGGGUGUGUGUGAUUGAGAUUGUAUUCUGGUUUUGUGGAGGUGUUUCUAGAGAUGAAGAUUGAAGAUGGGUUGAGGAGUGUUGGUGGGAAGGAUGAGGAUAAGACUGUGGUUGCUGCUGUUUUGGGGACACGGGCUUUUAAUUACUUGAUGUCUUGCUCUGUUUCGAAUGAGAAUCUGUUUAUGGCGGUGAGGAAUGAUGAGAAUUUGCAGAAUAAGCUGUCGGAUCUGGUGGAGAGACCCAACGCUUCUAAUUUUAGCUGGAACUAUGCAAUUUUCUGGCAACUUUCUCAUUCUAAAUCCGGUGAAUGGGUUUUGGGAUGGGGAGAUGGAUCGUGUAGAGAUCCUAGGGAUGGAGAUGAAACGGAAGCUACACAGAUUCUUAGUCUACAGCUUGAAGAUGAGAGCCAACAAAGGAUGAAGAAAAGAGCACUGCAGAAACUUCACACACUCUUUGGAGGCUCUGAUGAGGAUAAUUACGCUCUUGGAUUGGACAGAGUUACUGAUACUGAGAUGUUUUUUCUUGCUUCCAUGUAUUUCUCAUUCCCUCGUGGAGAGGGAGGCCCUGGGAAGUGUUUGGCGUCUGGGAAACAUAUCUGGAAUUUGGAUGUGCUUAAUUCGCCUUCUGAGUAUUGUGUGAGAUCAUACCUUGCUAAAUCUGCGGGAAUUCAGACGGUUGUUUUGGUGCCGACUGAUGUUGGAGUGGUUGAAUUGGGUUCUGUGAGAUCCGUGAAUGAGAGCCUAGAGUUAGUGCAGUUGAUCAGAUCAUUGUUUUCGUCCCAGCUUUCACUUGACAGAGUGAGGUCGUCAGCAGCGAUGUCCAUGAUAGCUGAAAGAAAAGAUGAAAGCACCUCAUUUGCGAGUUGGGGAAUUGCCGAAAGAGGAGAAGGAGGAGGAGGAGGAGGGAUUCCCAAGGUUUUUGGGCAGACUUUGAAUUCAGGGAACAUGGGUCGUUCUCAUUUCCGAGAGAAACUGGCGAUCAGGAAGAUGGAUGAGAGAUCAUGGGAAGCAUGUGCCAAUGGAGGUAGAAUUCAGUUUCAAAGCCCUCGAAAUGGCAUUCGCAGUCCGAGUUUGGCACAUGUUCAUGGUCUCAAGCAGGGGAAUCAUUCCCCUGCAGAAAUUUAUGUCUCUCCAACUCCACCAGUAAAUAAUAAUCACGAGCAGCUAGUCAGUGGAGUCAGAGAUGAAUUUGGUCUCAAUCCAUAUCAAUCACAAAAGCUGGCCCAAAUGCAAAUUGAUUUCUCGGUAGCAACAUCAAGACCUUCUGUGAUUAACCGUGUAGGAGCUGAUUCAGAACAUUCAGAUGUAGAGCCUCAAUGCAAAGAAGAGGGGCCUGGCACCGAUGAAAGACGACCUCGCAAACGAGGCAGAAAGCCUGCGAAUGGCAGGGAGGAGCCACUAAAUCACGUUGAGGCAGAAAGGCAACGGCGUGAAAAGUUGAACCAGCGGUUCUAUGCUUUACGAGCUGUUGUGCCCAAUAUUUCCAAAAUGGACAAAGCUUCACUGCUGGGAGAUGCCAUUGCUUACAUUAACGAACUUCAAGAAAAAGUGAAGGUCAUGGAAUUUGAACGUGAGAAAUCCAGCCUCACCUCAAGCGAGGCAACACCUUCGGAAGGGAACCCAGAAAUUGAAACUAAAGAUCAAUUCCUAGAUGUCGACAUUGAUGUCGAGGCAGCUCAUGAUGAAGUCAUUGUGAAGGUUAGCUGCCCAUUAGAGUCGCACCCUGCAUCAAGAGUUAUCAAGGCAAUGAGAGAUGCUCAGAUAAAUGUUAUUGAUUCAAAACUCUCUGAAGCAAAUGAUAAAGUUUUGCACACGUUUGUCAUCAAGUCUCCUGGAUCCGAGCAGUUGACGAAGGAAAAGCUGAUAGCUGCAUUUUCCCAGGACUCAACCUCGUUACAUCCUCUACCAACAGUUGGGUAGCACGAGAACUACAGUAACAUAGAGUGCAUACAUAGGUUCGUUAGUAUGUAGUGAGAAGAGCCCAACUGAAAGCUUCUUCAGAAGUUUUGAUUUACAGCAGGUAUUAUUCUUACAGGAAUUACACUUCCAGUGAGAAGUAGGGAGAUAACUAUUUAUUAUUAACCAAGUAGGAGAGCAGAAUUUAUGUUGUUUAUAGUACACAUUGUUAUUAUUAUUACUAUUAUGUCAUAAUGAAGUAUUCUUGCAACAUGAUUUAGAUCUGUAAGUUAGGGAGCUUUUUUUUUUUUUUUUUUGGUCUAGUCAACUGUUUUUUUGGUUAUUAAGAAUCUCCUAAACUGUCUAUGUUCUUGUUAAUGUUAACUCCCCAAAUUCUUUUGUUCUUUUUACUCUGUUGUUCACCAUCAAACUGUAUCAGUAUCAUUAUCUGUUCAUUAUUUUGAUGAAAAAAGGUAUACUUCAUUACAA